UACUCUCACUCCCAGACACAGACCUACGCCGAAUCUGUGUUUGUGAGAGAGAGACUACCCCUCUCUCCCUCCCUAGGUUUUCCUUUACAUUCUCUCUCUCUCUCUCUCUCUCUCUCUCUCUCUCGCCCUUUCGUUUUCAUCGCCUCCUCGUCUAUUUUCAGAAACCCAAACCCAUAAUUUCCACCAACCCUUUUCUCUCAAAAACAAGCAAAAUUUCCAACCUUUCACCAUGCCCAUGUGUUGAAAAUGCUUUCUUUGCAUACCCAUUUGAUCAAAAUCGAAUCUUUCUGAAUUGGUUUCUGUAAUCAUAUCGUAAUACUAAUCAAUGGGCCGGAACGAGGUUCAGCUUUUCGAUGACCGGAGCGAUGGGCUCUUCUCCGUUUGCAAUUUGGGGUUUCCCUCCACUCCCCAAUAUCCCGGCGGCUUGUUCGCCAGUGUUUCCCAGGUCGGAAUGGGGUUCGGUGUCUCGCCUCCGUCGCCGGAGCCGCAGAACCCGCGAGGCGGCGUGAAGCUGUCGUAUGCGGACCUGUACAUGAAGUAUGUGGAGGGCUUUAAGAAUUUCGGGGCGAGAGAGGAGGAGGUAGUAGGGGAAGGAGGGGUGGUGGUGAAGAAGAAGGGUGGUCUUAAGUUGAAGAUUAAGAUAGCUAAUCCUUCUCUUAGGAGGUUGAUUAGUGGCGCCGUGGCCGGAGCGGUGUCGAGGACGGCGGUGGCGCCGUUGGAGACUAUAAGGACGCAUUUGAUGGUUGGGAGUAGUGGGAAUUCGAGUGCUGAGGUGUUUAAUGAUAUUAUGAAGGUUGAUGGGUGGACUGGAUUGUUUAGGGGGAAUUUGGUCAAUGUGAUUCGGGUUGCGCCGAGCAAGGCUAUAGAGCUGUUUGCUUAUGACACGGUUAACAAGCGUUUGUCACCUAAAGCUGGAGAACAGUCUAAACUUCCAAUUCCUGCCUCAUUAGUUGCAGGAGCAUGUGCUGGAGUGAGUUCCACUCUUAUCACAUACCCCCUUGAGUUACUGAAGACUCGGCUAACCAUUCAGAGAGGCGUAUAUAACGGUCUUCUAGAUGCAUUUGUAAAAAUUGUCCAAGAAGAGGGACCUGCAGAGCUCUAUAGAGGUCUUGCCCCCAGUCUUAUUGGAGUCAUUCCCUAUGCUGCAGCAAAUUACUGUGCUUAUGACACAUUGCGGAAAGCCUAUCGUAAGAUUUUCAAGCAGGAGAAGAUUGGGAACAUUCAGACCCUUUUAAUUGGAUCAGCAGCUGGUGCUAUUUCAAGUACUGCGACUUUCCCACUCGAAGUGGCUCGCAAGCAUAUGCAGGUGGGGGCUGUGGGUGGAAGACAGUAUACUGGUGUGAUUCACGCCCUUACAAGCAUACUUGAACAUGAAGGUAUUCCUGGUUUAUACAGGGGGCUCGGGCCUAGCUGCGUGAAAUUGGUCCCUGCAGCUGGGAUUUCUUUUAUGUGUUACGAAGCAAUGAAGAAGAUACUAGUAGAGGAGGAUGAGGAAGCAUAGGAAACUUACAAAAAGUUUUAACUAUAUAUCACACAUCGGAUGUACCAGGGAGGAAAGAAGUGGGAUAGGUUAUUUUUUAUGAUAGGGGGCAUGUUUCCCUUUUCUUAAUGUUGGAUAAUUUUCGAUCUAGUUUUGCGACUCAGAUAUUUUUGCGACUCAGUUCAGGGAGCCUUGGGUUGAGGUUAGAAUUUUGAUGUUAUUGACAAUUGAUUUAAAUCCAUGUAGUCUUUUGCUCUUGAAAGAAUUAUUUGCAGUGUAUGAUCUUAGAUACUGUCUGUAAAUGAAAUUACUCAACGUUGGCAGUUA